AUGGAGGACCGCAAGUGGGUGUUCGAGCACUACGAGUGGCCAGAGGGUGGGCCUCCGACCGGGCGAUCGCCGCGGAAGUACCUGCAGCGCAAGCAGCGCGCCCCCGAGAUCCUCGCGUGGACACAGAAGAAGCUCAUGUACAAGCAGCUCUUCGAGGCGAACCCGAUGAUGCCUCGGACGGCGGGCAAGAUCAUUUGGGAAAAGAGGUUGCUGGAGCUCCACGAGAAGAAGGGCAAGUUCGCGCCGAAGAAGGGCGAGGGCAGCUCGGGCAAGAAGGGCAAGAAACGGUAG